UUUUAUCAUCUAUUUUUGAAUGGAUUCCUAAAAUCAAGAAUUAAUUUUAGAAGAAUAUAUUAGUGAUGAAUAAAUAUUAUAGUAAAAAAAAUACCAAAUUGAUGAAGAAUUGGAGUAUAUGAAAAAGAUGGAAGAGAGCGCGCAAAUUGAAAUUGAUAAUUUAGAAAUGAGAAUAGGGUAGAUGAAAUUAAAAAAAUAAUAAACUCAAUAAGCAUUAAAUUAACAAAUGCAAACAAUUAGUCAAUAGAAAUAAGAAAUUUUAUAAAUUGAUGCUAAAAUAGCAUUUAUUAAUAGGAAGUUAAAAAAGGACCCUUUGUAAUAAGAUGAUAAAAUUAGUGAGGAGGAAAUAUUAAAAGAUUCUGUCUAUAUAAAUACUUUACUUUCACUAAAAGAAUAAAAUAUCAAAAUUAUGAAAUAAAAAAUUGAUAAUAUCCGUCCAAUAAUAAAUUAAGAAAAAGAUUUAUAACAAUUAAGUUAGGAUCUGCUUUAAAAGUAGAACCAAUUAAAAGAGAUAAAAAACUAAUAAAAAUUUGGUGAUUUGAAUAAGACUAUUAAUAAUUUGAAUGCAAAACUUGAAGAAAUGAGAAAUUACCAAUAAGAGAGAAAAAAUAUUAAUAAAGAGAUAUAAGAGUUCAAUAUUAAGCUUUAGAAAUAUGAAGAUGAAAAAUAGAUGCUUUUGAAUCAAAUACAAAUAGUUGAGACAAUAUAUAGAACUUAUGAAAACUUAACAGAAUAAUAAAAUACGAUAAUUAGUAAUCUUGAAGAAGAAAUCAAUAGUAAAACAAAUAACUAAUUUUGAGUUAUCAAUAAAGUUAUCAACGAUAUCAUAUAAAGCGCC